CUCCGCCCGCCCGCAGCGAACCACACAACAAGCGCCCCUCUUUGGCUACAGUUCUAUAGCAGGGAGAGGUUGUCGGGGGCGGGGAGGGGUAUCCCAGUCAAAGCAGGCCGCCGGUGGACCACCGCGUUUAGAUAAAUGGGAGAGCAGAAACGGGACUUCGUGUUCAGUGUCGUUUGGACCGCUUCACGUCAGCCUGUUCGCGAUGUCUACGCGGUGCUUUCUCCUGCUGCUCUGGGCUGUCUCGGCACAGGCCGACUUCUUCCAUUUCGAUAGCAUUAGCAACGUCUCUACUUACUAUUUUAAUUAUAUUUAUUGCAAUAUCUGGGAGGGGGAGUGUCAGCCCAAUCAGGAUGAUGCCACACAGCAAGUUCCUACCAGGGAUAUCUGGGCAGGGUUUCCUCAGGACUACAUGAGCCUGCUGCAUCAGUGGUACUGUAGCCUGGGUCAGUGCUGUGAGUCCGGAGACUGCAGGAUAACCAAUAACAUCACAGGUCUAGCAAGAGACCUUCAGACGAAGCUCCACGGGCAACAUCUGGCUGAGUCUGUGGUUCUGAAAGCCAUCCAGGGUUUCAUCAACAACCCCGAGUCCAACAAGCCCCUGACGCUCUCCUUCCACGGCUGGUCCGGCACAGGCAAGAACUUUGUGGCCCGGAUCAUUGCUGAUAACUUGUACCGGGACGGGGUGAAGAGCGAGUGUGUCCGUUUGUUCAUCGCCCCGUUCCACUUCCCGCACGCCAGGCUGGUGGACACGUACAAGGGUCAGCUGAGAGAAGCAAUUCGAGACAUGGUGCUGCGCUGCCCUCAGACUCUGUUCAUCUUCGAUGAGGCUGAAAAGCUUCAUCCGGGCCUCAUCGAUGCAAUCAAGCCCUUCAUGGAUCACUAUGACAACGUAGAUGGGGUCAGCUACCGCAGGGCCAUCUUCCUCUUCCUCAGUAACAUUGGUGGCGCGACAAUCAACGACGUAGCGCUGGACUUCUGGCACUCUGGUCAGAAUCGAGAGGACAUCGGUAUGGAAGACCUGGAGCAUCGGCUGCGAGCUGAAACUAUGGAGUCUCAAGGUGGCUUUGCUCAGAGUGAGCUGAUGUCUGGUCACCUGAUUGACUUCUUUGUGCCCUUUCUGCCCCUGGAGUACCGUCACAUUAAGCUCUGUGCACGGGACGCCUACGCAGCACGAGGUCUGGAAACAGAUGAAGCCACGCUGGAUGAGGUGGCCAAGGCAAUGCUGUAUGUUCCCAAAGAGGAGAGACUGUUCUCAGCCCAAGGAUGCAAGUCCAUACCUCAGAGGAUCAACUUCUUUCUUCCCUAGAGUGAGGAGGAAACAGAGAGACGGACCUGGAGGAGGUGUAAGAUUGCUUUACCAGCCCAUCUGCAUACAGAGCCACAGAGAUGUGUCUUCUUUGCUCUGCGCUGCAUACUUCCCCCUCCCCCCACAGAUGCAACAUGUGUCUGUCCAGGUCCCAUCACAGAAGGCCAGACAUCAGGGCAGAUCCAGGAUUAGACGGCAGAGCAGCGUGACCCAGCCUGCAGAGACGGGCAGCGUCACAGGAAGUGUGGCUGCUCUUCUUCACCUGCCUGGUUUGAAUCCUGUCAAGACGAAGGGGUGAAGAAGAUGGUGUCUGUGCAGAGUGUGGCGCAGAUCUAAUAUCUAAUCUCCUCGGCCAAAGUCUGACUUGCACUGUUGUUUGUGUUCAUAUGAGUUUGUAAUUCAUGUGUUACUAGUGGCAUGUCAAACAUUGUGCUUAUAUCAGCACAGAUUAUUUAUUAAUAUCAUUUGUGCCAUAUUUGAACAUUUUACUGGACCAGAUUAGUUUCGUGGAGUACUCUAAAUGUGCACUUAUUUUAUUUUGUUAGAUUUUUUUAUUCCUUUUAAAAUGAACGUACAAGGACCAGUGGUGAUGGAAAUGUUACUUGAAGCUCUUACUGUGAAGGACUAUGUCUCUAAAGGAUUGGACCUCUGGAAACUCACCCUUUUACAUACUUGUGUUUUAUAAAAACAUUUAAUAGGUUUUACUGUACUGUUACUUAAUAUACAGAUGUUACUUAGUGGUGUGGUUUACUCUUUUGUUGGUAUAAUUCAUCUAUCAACAACACAGUCUGCUUCAAAGCUGAGGGUCACAUCACAAUAAGAACACAGAGAGAACCUGUCAGACACGGUUUAAAGAAAUAAAAACCUGGUAAACAACAA